UUUUCUAUAUCACGUUCUUCAGUUUCCCUCUCUUCUUCCUCUCUCAGAUCUCAAUAGACAAAGCGAAAUCCGUCUCUUUUUCUCUCUUCCACUUUCAGAUACUUCAAAUUCCUCUUCCAAUCUUUUCCCUUCUGCUCAAGAAUUCAAGAAUUACCCUGUUUUCUUCUCUACCUUUGGUGCUGUAUGGAUUCUGGUGGCGUUCAAGAAGCUAAUUCGGUUAGUAUUUGAUUGGGAUUUGAAAUUCUUAUCUGGGUUUUCCUAGUUUCGUGGUGGGAUUUUGUUUUCUGUUUGUUUCUGGAUGUUUGAUUGAAGGGAUUAUGGUGAGGGAACAACGAGUUGAAUCGUUUUACACUAAACUUCGUGACUCUGUCGCUGCUUCUUCUUUGUCUCCUCUCCUUAUUUUUCCUUCCACCUCUGAUGUAGACUCGCUCUGUGCCUUGAAAAUUAUUUUUAAAGUUCUUGAAUCUGAUUCUGUUCGAUACGCUUGUUACCCUGUUUCUUCUUUUCAAGAAAUUCAUAAAUAUGCUGGUCCUAGUUUGACUUCCUCCUCUGCUGAUCCGAUUUCGAUUCUUUUGAUUAAUUGGGGUUGUCACCGAGAUCUUAGGAAGGUUUUGAGUUUAGGUCCGGCUGCUCAUGUGUUUGUUGUUGAUAGUCAUCGCCCGAUUCAUCUUCAUAAUCUGAGUAGUGAGAAUGAACAAGUGGUUGUGCUUUAUACGAAAGACGACGAGCUCCAGGCCGAUUUGGCUUAUGAUUUUGAUAUCUCUGCUUUGGCGAAUGCAAGUGAUUUGAACAGCGAUGAUGAGAUUGAUGAUGUAUCGGACAGCGACGACGACAAUGAUAGCGAAAGCGAUGAAGAUGGCAGGCGUGGGUCGAGGAAAAGGAGGAGGGUUGAGAAGGAAAAUGAAGAGGAUCCUGUUCAGCUUUAUAGGAAAUUGAAAAGGGGAUACUAUCAAAUGGGUACCUUCCAUGGUAGGCCUUCAGGGUGUUUAAUGUAUGAUCUGUCUCAUUCGUUGAGGAAGAACACGAAUGAAUUGCUAUGGCUGGCUUGUGUGUCUUUAACAGAUCAGUUUGUACAUGAAAGAUUGACGGAUGAGAGAUAUCAAGCUGGGGUUAUGGAGCUUGAACAGCACAUUAACAGUUCAGGGAACUUGAAUGCUGUUAACUCUGUUACUCUUAAAGAUGGUACCAAGAUCCGAGCUCCUGAUGCAUCUAGAAUCACUUAUGAUGAUGAACCCAGAUUAAUGCUCUUGCAGGAGUGGAAUUUGUUCGAUUCAAUGCUUUGUUCUUCAUACAUUGCAACCAAGUUAAAGACAUGGAGUGACAAUGGAAUGAAGAAGCUCAAAUUGCUUCUAGCACGUAUGGGGUUUGCACUUGUGGAUUGCCAACAAAAGUUCCAAUACAUGAAUAUCGAAGUGAAACGAAAGAUGAAGGACGAAUUCGAGCGAUACCUUCCUGAAUACGGCCUAACCGAUUUCUACUACAGAAGUUUCUUGAGGUUACAUGGUUAUAGCUCAAAAGUAUCAGCAGCAGAUGUGGUAUAUGGGGUCACUGCAUUGCUCGAGUCGUUUGUUAAAUCGGAUGGUUCUAGUGCUUCUAAGCAGUUCGGAGUGGCUUAUGAUGCAUUGUCAUUGAACAAUCUUGAUAAGCUCAAAGCUGGAAUGCAGCAGGCAAUCAAGGUCCAGAGAUCAAUUCUUAGACAGGGGAGCUCUGCAAUUACAAAGAGUGGUUGUAUAAGAAGUGGGAGAAAAUUUCGUUGGGUGAAGCUUGAAGAUUCUGUAGACACCAAAUUGUUGGGAUAUCCUCAAGCACUCACAAAAUUCUGCUACUUUAUAAUGGAUGCUUUGAAAGAGAGAGGAGCCAGAAUGAAGCCUUUGCUAUGUGCUUGCUUAUCUCAAGAGCCCAACAAAGUACUGAUCGUUGGAGUUUGUGGGAAGCCUAGGCUUGGGGCAUCUCAAGGCAAUGCAUUUGGGAGAGCUUUUCGAGAUGCGGCGCAGGAAAUUAGCUCGGAGUUUUUCCACGAGAUGUUUGAAUCUUCAUGGAUUCUUCUUGAAAAAACUUCAGUUAACUCUUUCAUGGUUAGAUUGACUCAGAAGCUGUAAGGUACAAUGGCUGCCAUAUUCCUUCUAUCAAGUAUGUUUCUUCUUUCCCCUCCAUUUCUAUGGCAUAUCAGAGAAGAUUUCAAUAACUGAUGUGCCUUACCAGUUGAAUGAGAUGAAAUGAUUAUGAUCUCCCACAGCUUAACAUCAAUUGUAGUGAUGACGGUUUAAUAUCCUUAAAAUCCCAUUGGUUA